AAACAGAGCAGGUCUUAGCUGGCACAUGACACCUUCCUCCACAAAAAGACCAUUAGGUACAAAGACACCUUGAGUUCUUUUUCUUGUCAGCAGUCAAUGAAUACAUAAAAUAUUGCCCAUCGUUAAUACAUUCCACUCAAAACAGUCCAAAAAAUUACUCAUGGUGGUUUGAUUUAGAGUAGACAUUGUUGAGCAUCCCUAUCUUCAACGCUCUUUAUCAAGAGCAAUACAAAGAAGGAUCAACAAGAGCCGUAUAUCUCCAUCCCAUACAGAAGUAUGGAGCCGGCUGAAUCGGCUGCGCAGGUGAGUUGGGGAUCCCUUCCUGUGCCUUGUGUCCAGGAGCUGGCCAAGGAGUCGAGCGUCACUGUUCCACCCCGAUACGUCCGUCCUGCGCAGGGGCAAGCUAUCCAAUGGGAUCCCUCUCAUGAAGUCCCAGUCAUCGACAUGCAACGCUUGUUAUCUGAAGAAUCCAUGGAUUCUGAACUGGGCAGGCUCCACUCUGCCUCCAAAGAAUGGGGUUUCUUCCAGCUGGUAAACCAUGGGGUGAGCUCUUCAUUGGUGGAGAACAUAAAGACACAAAUAUUGGACUUCUUCAACCUCCCAAUGGAAGAGAAGAAGAAUUUUUGGCAGAAACCAGGAGAUCUAGAGGGCUUUGGACAAGCUUUUGUUGUAUCUGAGGAGCAGAAGCUAGAUUGGGGUGACAUGUUCUACAUUAAGACACUCCCUAUCAGCAUGAGGAAACCCCAUUUAUUUCCCAAGUUCCCCCUACCAUUUAGGGACACCGUGGAACAUUACUCAUCAGAAGUGAACAAUCUAGCCAUGUUUAUCCUGGCACAGAUGGCAAAAGCUCUAAAGAUGGAAUCAGAGGAAAUGAAAGAACUGUUUGAAGAUGGUGGCCAAUCAAUGAGAAUGAACUAUUACCCAGCAUGUCCGCAACCGGAGCAAGUCAAUGGAAUUAGCCCCCAUUCGGAUGCGACUGGUCUGACCAUUCUCCUGCAGCUAAAUGAAGUAGAAGGUCUUCAGAUUAGGAAAGACGGCAUGUGGGUUCCUCUGAAGCCUGUCUCGGGCGCCUUCAUUGUCAACAUUGGAGAUGUCUUAGAGGAAAAUUCCCGGGAAUCAAAACCGACACCUGUUCGUAUUUUGUACAUAACUUUUUCAUUCGAACUCCGAUCGAGACGAUUCAAAUUUCUGGAGAAAGAGGAAAGGAUCAUCUACAACUUUUAUGUUUUGAAUUUUAUGAGAUACGAGCUCCAUAAGAGUCAGAUCUGAGACGAACAGAGAACAAUAAAAAAUGAAAAAAUAUAUAUGUUUGGAUGGAUAUUUGAUGUGACCCGGCCAUGCAUGGCCGGGUCGAGUUGUUCCACGUUGGAUCCUAGGGCUUCUUUUUUUUCUUUUUAAACUCCUCCAGCAUAGCCCCGUCGCUCCUCUUCUCUCUUCUUCUUCCUCUUCUUCUUCUUCUUCUUCUUCUUCUUCUUCUUCUUCUUUAGCUUGUUUUGCCCUCACUUAUCUCUCCCUUUGUUCCUUUGUUCUCUCAUUCAAUCUUGCUCUCUGUUCCUCUUCUCUCUCAGUUUCUCUCCUUUCCCUGUUCUCCUCUUCCUCUCAUUCUCUGUGCUCCUCCCACUUGCUGUCUGCCCCGAGCCUUGUUGCCACCCUUCAUACCAGCCAUAUCAGCAGAGCUGCUCCACAACACCAGAGGACAGCCACCAACCUGAGCACCACCAGAUUAUUUAUUUGCUGCAACAGAUCAACUCCUCUGCAAGAGCCCCCACAUACAGUAGCCCUCUUCGAGUGCCUUCCACCAAGCAGCCCCGACCUCCAGCUCCUCCACAGCAGCAGGCCGAGACCUCUUCCAGAACAGAGCCACACUCCCUACACACCAUCUAGCAGCACAGCUUCCCUCGGUCAUCAUAGCAAUACCAACUCGUGACACACCACCAUAGCAGUCCUCCUCAGUCCUCUGCACAGCCAGCUUCAACACCAGUAGAGGCCAUCUGUUCCCGCAAUACCAGCAGCUACUGCUGCUCUGUUUGCUCUCUCUUUCUCUCCUCUUUCUUCUUUUCUUUUCUUCCGUUUAAUUUCAAUUGCAAUUGAAUGUUUUGUUUUUUUAUUUAGUUAUUUAUUAAAUUCUUGAAGAGUUUAUUUGAAUAUUUGUUCAAGUGGUUUUAAUUU